UUCACGCGAUCAGAUUCCACAUAUCUGGGAACUGACACAUGCUCCUUUCCUAACCCAGUGGCUCUGGAAGUUUACCGCUGGACUGUCAUCACUUUCAUCUGGAGAAACCCAGUCGCAGCUGUCUGUAACAUAAGCAUCACCCACUACACACGUAGCUCACAAGUCGCACCACGCCGACCCACAGGCUCGGAAUCUAAUCACAGCACCAUGCCACCAUCAGACAGAGGAAAACACGUGCAAGAUCGCGUCUAUGAAGCCUCGAUAGCGGACCCAGAGAGCUUUUGGCGUCAACAAGCUGCGCAUGUUCAUUGGCAUAAGCAGCCAUCGCAGGUGAUUCGAAAGGGGAAGAAGACACUAGCCAAGAGCAGAGUAACUCAUGACAGCUGGAGUUGGUUUCCCGAUGGGGAGAUCUCAACGACCUACAAUUGCGUCGAUCGCCACGUCCACAACGGAAAUGGAGAUAACGUUGCAAUUUACUGGGACAGUGCAGUCACCGGGGUAAAGGAGAAGUACACGUACAAGCAACUGUUCAACGAGGUCGAAACAUUGGCGGGGGUGUUGCGGGAAGAAGGUGUCAAGAAAGGCGACGUCGUGUUGAUCUACAUGCCGAUGAUUCCUGCUGCCUUGUUUGCUAUGCUGGCCAUCGCUCGACUCGGAGCGAUUCACGCCGUUGUGUUCGGCGGCUUCUCUGCAGCCGCGUUGGCCCAGCGCAUGGAGGCAUCUCGUCCAAGGGCUAUUAUGACUGCUUCUUGCGGAAUCGAAGGAAGCAAAGGCCCGACUGCUUAUAAACACCUCAUAGAAGAUGCAAUCGAGAAGUCGAAAUUCAAGCCUGGCAAGACGAUCAUAUGGCAGCGUGACGAACUGCGCUGGGACCCAGUGCUCAAGGAGAACGGCCAGCGAAAUUGGCAACGAUUGGUGAAGAGCGCGCGAAACAGGGGAUUGCGAGCCGAUGCGGUACCAGUGCAGAGUAACGAUGGGCUGUACAUCAUCUAUACAUCUGGGACAACCGGCACACCAAAGGGCGUCCUUCGAACAGCUGGUGGACAUGCUGUGGGCCUCAACUUUUCAAUCAAGUAUCUGUUUGGAAUUCACGGCCCCAGCGAUGUCAUGUUCACAGCCAGCGACGUAGGUUGGGUUGUUGGCCAUUCCUAUAUCCUCUAUGCUCCCUUACUCGCCGGGGCGACCACUGUGCUAUUCGAAGGCAAGCCAGUCGGAUGCCCAGAUGCGGGCACCUUCUGGCGCAUCAUCAACGAAUACAAGGUGACAACUUUGUUUACAGCACCCACAGCUCUUCGCGCUAUCCGGCGAGAGGACCCCAACAAUGACUUUUUCCGAAAGACGUACGGUGGCAAUGGCGGACUGAAGAGUCUACGGGCACUCUUCCUAGCAGGUGAACGGAGUGAGCCGAGCAUCGUUCAGAUGUAUCAGAAGCUUCUCCGGGAAUUCUGUGCAGAGGGAGCUACCGUAGUGGACAACUGGUGGUCCUCGGAGUCCGGAUCGCCAAUUUCAGGCAUUGCAUUGAGCGCAUCUGCCGGGGAAGAUUUCACUUCUGCCCACCGCGACAAAGCACUCACGACAAAACCCGGGUCUGCUGGGAAAGCCAUGCCCGGAUUUGAUGUGCGGGUUGUGGAUGAUGAGGGCAAUGAGGUGAAGCGUGGGGAGAUGGGAAACAUCGUUUUGGCUGUUCCACUCGCGCCUACAGCGUUCACGACUCUGUGGGAGGAUGAUGAGAGGUUCUACAAAGGGUAUCUGAAGAGAUUUAAUGGGCGUUGGCUCGACACUGGGGAUGCAGGUUUUAUCGACGAGGAUGGCUACAUAUCCAUCAUGUCAAGAGCCGACGAUGUCAUAAACGUAGCAGCGCAUCGUUUCAGCACUGGUCAGAUCGAGCAAGCCAUCACUACGCACACUGGCAUUGCGGAAGCAGCAGUCAUCGGUAUUCCGGAUGAGCUGAAAGGCCAUCUACCAUUCGCAUUCGUCACGCUAUCAUCGCAAGAGCACCCCGAAAGCGCGGUCCCCAGCGAAAAGCUUGUGAAGGAAGUUCAGAUGUUGAUCCGCGAGCAGAUUGGAGCCGUCGCAAGUCUGGGUGGGAUGAUCCAAGGUAAGGGAAUCAUCCCCAAGACGCGUAGUGGCAAGACGUUGCGGCGUGUGCUUCGCGAGCUUACCGAAAACGCGACUCACGGGGCGAUGGACAAGGAGGUAGCUGUGCCGAGUACGAUUGAGGACAGGGAAGCGGUGGAUAUUGCGCGUGGCAAAGUGAAGGAAUACUUCGAGAAGAAAGGGAAAGAUUUGCACAAGGCAACAGAGUCGAGAGCCAAACUGUAG